AUGAACUUGGAGGACAUAAUGACUCUUCGGGGGCUGCGAAAGACAAAUCCUAAGUAUCAGUACCUAUCAAAACAAACCCAAGCGUUGGGCUUUGAGAUAGGUGUUGCCUUCAGGUUCCUCAAACGCGAUGAAGGCCGUCGGAAGGACCGCAGCCUUGCCUCUAUCACUAACUAUUACCAAGUUGGCAACAUCUCACCAACCAUAAUAGCUGAGGAGUACGAUCCUGUGGUAUGGCAAUCUCUCUGGUGGCACCCAGAGGCAGCCUUUUGCCAGAGAACAUCCCUCAAUUCACCACACACUAUAAUUGUUUUGCACCUGACCGUUGAACCGGACGACAGACUCUUCCAAGCGGAGGUUUUGACUGCUCUCACCAUCAUGCUCACGCUUCUUGAGGGAGAUAAGUUUGAACACCACAACACAGUGCCAGUCAUGGUGGUUAGUGUCAUGGGUCGAAUGCAAGCCCGUGUUCUACAAUUCCACUACAGCCAUGAAGGUCUCGUUAUCACCAAGACACGGUUAAUGAGUUUCGCCACUAUGGAAAGCACGACGAUCGGGCUCGGUGUCAUGAUGGGCCUCAUGUCGUCAAAGGCUAUUGGAAACACAACGGACCCCAGCAACAUCUUAAAGCUUCUUCGUUCCGUCUCUUAUACGCGGCUACUUAUAUCUUUACAAUAA